AGUUUUCAGAAGCAUUUGAAAAGUAGUGAUGAGAAGCGGUGGAGUUGCACAAAUAGAAAGUGCAAAUCAUUCGUGCUAACUUUGGGCGAAAGUGAUAAAGUUUACGGUUAUAAAGCACGAACCGGAACAUUGCCACGAUGCGAAUGUGGAAAGGUUGAACCGGCAAAUUGUUAAUACGAGCUGCAAAAGAAAAGCUGCGGACGACCUUUUUCGAAAAGCCGGCCAAAAUCAUUCGCAGGGUACUUCAAGAAAACCUGCCGUCAACUAUAACUGCAUCGGACUUUGCUGCAAUUCGAAGAAAUCUCUACAACGCUCGAAAAAGAAUACAGUCAAGUUUGUCAAAAAAUACUGAGGAAACUUUAGAUCUUCAGAACGAGUUGGAACCAGACAUGCAAAUCUCUACCAAAGGCGAGCACAGUGGCGUAACGAAAAAAUCGAAGGCAAAUGUGGAUCCUCAUUUUUUCGAGUGUCAAUACAACGCUGCCGAUGAUGGCGCAGUGGCUUCCACGUCAAGGGAUUUUACAAAUUAUGACAACUUUAGCUCCUUGGAGGAAGAAGACGACUCAUACUCAGACGUUCCUGAUUUUUUGCCAGACCUUCAACCUACUCCCGUAGACGCAUCUGUUGUCAAAAUCGAAAUCGAAGAGGAACCUUUGAAAAUCAAAAAUGAGCCUUUGAUAAUCGAAAAUGAUCCACUCACAUCUGAUACUUAUGUAGAACCAACGUUGCCCUUUAUAAAGGAAGAACCCGCAGAGGAGCCAGACCAGAUAGCUUUGAAAAAUGUUGAUCAAUUAGACGAAUCUGAACGUCAAUCGAUUCAAAUGUUUUUCGAUAGUAUGGCCAGGACCGUUAUGAAUUUAUCGCCAUCUUUUGUUAGCAGAAUUAAAUCGGAAGUGCUCCGAGUAGUUAGCGAUAUAGAAAUGGAGGCGAAUAAGAAAAAAAUGGAACAGGAACCAAGCAGAAAAACCGCCAAUGUUAUUGCCGCAAGUGAUGAGACUGAACCAAGGAUUGAAAUUAAAAAUGAGAAUAAUGAAGAAGCAGAGGCCUCAACCAAACUUGACGAACCAGAAUUAUUAGAUCCAGAAUUAUUAGAUCUAGACCAUGACGCAAAUUAUGAACCGUUGGCCAAAAAGAAGAAAAUCGAACAACCUUCGUCAUCAUUACAGGUCCACAGAACUCCAAGAACCCUACACGAACCCGUUGAAACGUUUUUCCAAAGCAUAGCGUACACAGUGAAGUCAUUUCCGCCGCCAUUCGUCUGUAAGGCCAAAGUGGCAGUGCUCAAAGUGAUUUCCAAAAUGGAGGUUGAAGCCUGUAGAAGUCAUCAGAGUGGUUAUACAGAUGGUGGAGGUGGAGGAGAUGAUAGUUCAAGGCCCGAUCUUUUACCAAGUGGUUCGAAUUAUUAA